AAGUGCACUGAUGUUGGACGAGAAUACCUGGCUCACAGUCUCCACUCUAAUUCAUCCUAAAGGUGUUCUAUCUGGUUGAGGUCAGGACUCUGUGAAGUUCCUCCACACCAAACUCACUCAUCCAUGUCUUUAUGGACCUUGCUUUGUGCCCUGGUGUACAGUCAUGUUGGAACAGGAAGGGGUCAUCACCAAAAAAUGACUCAAGACUCCUUGGCUUUAAAAGAAGAGGGAAACAACUUGUUUAAAAGUGGUGAUGUCCAGGGAGCUCUGAGCUGCUACACCAAAGCCCUAAAGCUGACCGAGACUGAGUCUGGGAAAGCUGUGCUGUACCGAAACCGAUGUGCUUGCUACCUCAAACUGAAUGACUACAACAAGGCCAAGGAGGAUGCCAGCAAAGCACUCGAAACAGACCCAGGUGACAUCAAAGCACGGUUCCGGCGUGCACAGGCUUUGCAUAAGCUCGGACAACUGGACCAGGCCUUCCUAGAUUCGCAAAAAUGUUCACAGCUGGAACCCAAGAAUAAAGCAUUUCAAGAUUUGCUCAGGCAACUCAGCGCUGAAAUCCAACAGAAGGCCGUGCAGCUCUCUUCCACAGACUCUCGUGUCCAGCAGAUGUUCAGUCUCCUCCUGGACAAUUCUGCACAGGCCUCAGACAGACAGAAGGCUGCUCAGAAUCUGGUGGUGAUCGCACGUGAGGAUGCUGGAGCAGAGCAAAUCUUCAGGAAUGAUGGUGUGAAGCUCCUCCAGAAACUGCUGGAAUCUCAGCAGGAGGACAUGGUUCUCUCAGCACUCAGAACUCUGGCUGGACUGUGCACAGGGCAUCAGUCUAGGACAAUGGCCAUUGUGAAUGAAUUGGGAAUGGACAGGCUGUGUACCGUCAUGGGCUCUGCGGUUUCGGCUGUGUCUCUGUCGGCCUGUCACCUGCUCCAAGUUAUGUUUGAGGCUCUUACACAGGGCAUGAAUAAAAAUGUCAGAGGGAAGGAUGAGGCUAUACUGCCAGAGCCAUCCCGUGAGCUGCGAUCCAUGCUGCACCAUCUUAUUGACAUGCUACCGGCAUUGAAUGUGUCUGGACCUGGACGUGACAGUGCUGUCAACCUCCUGGUCAAACAAGUUCCCCGGAAAUCUCAGAAAAACCCAGACAACUCCCUCAGCCUGUGGGUUAUUGAUCAAGGCCUGAAAAAGAUUCUGGAAGUGGCAGGGACGGUUCCUGAGAUAACAGAUGGGCCACCUCUCACUGAUAAUACUCAUAUGAACUGCUCAGUCCUGCUUAAUAAGUUAUAUGAUGAUCUGAAGAGUGACAAAGAGAGAGAGAACUUCAACAAGCUGUGUGAGGAAUAUAUCCAGUACCAUUUUGGGAGCCCAGGUUUAGGAAGCAAACUGCGUGCCAUACAGACGGCAACAGUGUUGCUGCAGGGUCCAAGCGACGUGGGCAACCGUACCCUGGAGAUGUCAGGCAUGAUGGAUGCUGUCAUUUCGUUGUGUGCUUCUGAGAAUGUCACCCAUCAGCAGGUAGCAGUAGAGGCACUCAUUCAUGCUGCGGGCAAGGCUAAGAGAGCAUCCUUCAUUACAGCUAAUGGUGUGGCACUACUGAAGGAUCUUUACAAGAAGAGUGAAAAUGAACAGAUACGGGUUCGAGCGCUUGUGGGAUUGUGUAAGCUUGGCUCAGCCGGAGGCACAGAUUUCAGCAUGAAGCAGUUUGCGGAGGGGUCAACUCUCAAACUUGCCAAACAAUGCAGGAAGUGGCUGUGCAAUGAUUCUCUUCCUCCAACCUCUCGGCGCUGGGCUGUUGAAGGCCUGGCCUACCUCACCUUUGAUGCUGAUGUAAAAGAGGAUUUGGUGGAAGACAAAAAUGCUCUUCAGGCCAUGUUCCAUCUGGCUAAGUCUGAAGAUAAAACGGUAUUGUUUGCCAUCGGAUCUACAUUGGUAAACUGCACCAAUAGUUAUGACAUAGAGAAGCCGGAUCCUCAGUUGGUAGAACUGGCCAAAUAUGCCAAACAGCACGUACCUGAGGAGCACCCAAAGGAUGCUCAGUCUUUUGUGGAAAAGCGUUUGGUCAAGCUUUUGGAGGCUGGAGUGGUUUCAGCUUUAGUGUGUAUGGUAAAACAAGAAAGUCCUGCCCUCACAGAUACAUGCAGAGAAUGUAUUGCCAGGGUGUUCCUGGCUCUAGUGGAACGCCAAGAAGACCGGGGAAUGGUGGUGGCACAUGGUGGAGGAAAAGCAUUGUUACCGCUUGCAUCAGAAAGCACAGAUGUGGGUAAAAUCAAAGCAGCACAAGCACUGGCCAAAAUUGCCAUCACCUCAAAUCCUGAGAUUGCCUUUCCUGGGGAGAGGGUUUAUGAGGUGGUGCGUCCACUCGUGAAUCUCUUGGCCCUGGAUUGCUCUCUUCUCCAGAACUUUGAGGCCCUGAUGGCCCUCACUAACCUUGCUGGCAUUAGUGACAGACUUCGACAGAAGAUUAUUAAGGAAAAAGCUGUGCCUAAAGUGGAAGGCUACAUGUUUGAGGACCAUGACCUGGUGCGAGCAGCAGCCACUGAGUGCAUGUGUAACUUGAUCUUAAGCCCUGAGGUGCAGAAACUUUAUCUGGCCGCAGACAGCGACCGAUUGAAACUCUUGGUACUGUACAGUGGUGAGGAUGAUGAGAGACUGAGGAAGGCUGCUGCCGGAACCCUGGCAGUGCUCACUGGGGAAAUGCCAGAGGUGUGCGCACAGAUCCCGGGCACAACCAGUCACUGGUUGGAGAUCCUGCAAGCUCUGCUGCUGAGUGACAGUCAGGAUCUGUGUCACCGUGGUGUGGUCAUCACACUGAACAUGAUGCAGGCAGAGAGGAGUCUAGCUGAAAACCUAAUGGAGAGUGAGGUGCUGGAGAUCCUCUCUGUCCUGGCUAAAGCAACUGAAGCUAACAAAGCUCCUGUCACUAGAGCAGCCCAGCGUUGCCUCGAUGUAGCUCUGGAGUACGGCCUCAUCAGGAACAACGAUGGCAAAACCAGUGGAAAAUCUGAACCAUGAUUGGAUGGGAUAUCCUUACACAAGAAGCUCACUACAAGUCUUAAUUUUACUUUUGCGUACCUUAUUUUCAUAUAUAAUAUGUGAUUAUAGAGAAUAUUUAUGUCUUUAGAGGAGUGCUAGUGGAUGCACUCUCAAACAGAAAGCUUGUUAACAUGUAUCACGAAUUGAGAAUGGACAGCAGGGAAGAGUUUCACCAGCCAUACUUAUUUAAUAGCAAAUUUUAAUCCUUGAUUUAUGAUGAGAUAUAAAAAACAAAAACAGUGUCAUUUCAGCAGAGGUGCAGCCACCUGUUUCUUAGUGGUGUAGCCACCUGUUUCUUAGUGGUGUAUUUGUCUCCUGCUGAAAGGUUCUGUCUUAUUCUGAACAGCUACCCAGCUGCUAAAAUACAGGCUGAUCUGGCAGAAUUUUUUGUCAGCUGUUAACUGCUGGUAACAUUUUCUGAAUUUCUGCGACUAAUGCCAUAUUGUAGAAAAAAACACUGUGGGUAGCAUGGUCUCUUGUUGAAUUCAGAGCUUGGGCUUCUGUCCCUCUGUCUGCAUAUACGUGAACAUUUAUAUAUGUGAAAUUGUAUACAUGUUCUCCAUGUGGCCAUGGUUUCCACUGGUUUUCUCCAACAACCCAAAAACAUGCUCUUAAAUGCAUUUGUGAUAGUGAUGUGUGAGUAGGUGUGAAUGUGUGUGUGUGCAUAGUGAAGUACAAUGGAUGUGUGUGUCACCUACACCACACCCUGUAUUUCCAGGAUAGACUCUGACACCAACACCAGCCUGAGCAGGAUGAGAGAGGGGGAAAGAAUGAAAAUGAAUGAAUGAGAGAAAGAAAAAAUGAAAGAAUGAAUGAAUGAGAGAAAGGAUGAAAAAGAAUGAAUGAAUGAAUGAAUGAAUGAAUGAAUGAAUGAAUGAGAGAAAGGAUGAAAGAAUGAAUGAAUGAAUGAAUGAAUGAAUGAGACAACAAAAAAAUGAAAGAAUGAAUGAAUGAGAGAAAGAAUGAGAGAAUUAAUGAAUGAGAGAAAGAAAAAAUGAAAGAAAGAAUGAAUGAGAGAAAGGAUGAAAGAAUGAAUGAAUUAGAGAAAGAAUGAGAGAAUGAAUGAAUGAGAAAGAAAAAUGAAAGAAUUAAUGAAUUAGAGAAUGAAAGAAUGUGAGAAUGAAUGAAAAUGAAUGAGAAAGAAAGAAUAAAUGAAUGAGAGAAUGAAAGAAUGAGAUAAAGAAGGAAGGAAUGAAUGAAUGAAGGAAAGAAAUAAACAGCUUCACAGCUGGGCCUGUGUUUUUUACAGCAAGUAGCUGGUCAGAGUAAGCUGGAGCUUUAAGAUCUCUUCAGGUCAAAAGGCAGUACAGAUGCAGAGACCAAAUAUGUAUUUCACUACAAUUUACUUGCACUGAUUUUUUGUUUGUUUUUGUUUUGUUUUCCUUCUUAGUUUCACUUUCCUUCUGCAUUCCACUGAAUAUCAUUAUAUCACUUUUGUCAUACAGUGGUUCGGGGUGAUGUGUCAAACUGAUGGGGUUUAACAGCGAUGCAGUCAUGAAGACUUUCACCAUGUAGUGAUUUCACUGAGAGUGUUUCUCACGCUGUCUUUACCGAGGACACUGUUUACACGUUUGUGUUAAUUGCCUUUGAAGCUCAUUUCCUUUUUAUAUAAUAUGGACCACAGCAUAGCUAAAAAUAAAUAAAUAAACGUGUCAGAGCGUGCGCCAUUUAUUUAUAAAAAUAAAACGCAUGAUAAGCGGA